GUACUGAGAGAUCUCCAGCAUCGCCUGACAGACACUCUGCCCUUCCAAGAACCCUUGGAGGGCGUCAAACAGCACUACGGCAUGAACACGAACCUUCUCAAGACGGUCGUCGAAUUCUGGAGGAACAACUACAGAUGGCGGGACCAGGAGAAGUUCCUCAACAAGUUCCCCCAGUUCAAAGUGGGCAUUCAAGGGCUGAAUAUCCAUUACAUUCACGUCAAACCUGAGAAAACUAAAGGUGUAAAAGUAAGACCUCUGCUGCUACUGCAUGGUUGGCCAGGGUCGGUCAGGGAGUUCUACGAAAUCAUCCCCUUGUUGACUACCCCUCAGAAGGGGAGAGAUAUUGUGUUCGAAGUUAUAGUUCCGUCUCUACCAGGUUAUGGUUUUUCUGAUGCUGCUGUUCGCCCCGGCCUAAAUGCUGCACAUAUGGGAAUAAUAAUGAAGAAUUUAAUGCAGAAGUUAGGGUUUGACAAGUAUUACGUCCAGGGAGGAGAUUGGGGAGCUCUUAUCGUUCAGCAAAUGAGUGUAUUGUUCCCAGAGAAGCUCCUUGGGGUGCACUCCAAUAUGUGUGUGGUGAAUACGGCUUUAUCUAACCUCAAGCUCUUCCUCUACAGCUUCUAUCCCUCUGCUAUCAUUGACGAGAAACUCCAGCACUUGGUGUAUCCCAUGACGGAUAAAUGGACUUACAUUAUUUUGGAAACCGGUUACUUACAUCUUCAAGCUACUAAACCCGAUACCAUAGGUGUCGCCCUACGAGAUAGUCCUGUGGGCUUGGCAGCUUAUAUCCUCGAAAAGUUCACCACAUGGACGAAUCCAGCAUGGAAGGACCUUGACGAUGGGGGACUCACCAAGAAAUAUACCUUGACAAAGCUCCUGGACAACGUUAUGAUAUACUGGGUGACUAGAUCUAUAACGACAUCCAUGCGGCUUUAUUCGGAGAGCUUUUCUAAAGAAACCAUGAGUUUGCAAAUAGAUAAGUGAGUUGAAUCAAAAGUAUACA